AUGCAGAAUCGAUUUCGCACAUUAUUCGAUACGUUAUGCCAGGCACGCGUAGCAACUUCUCCAUCUGCAGCAGACGUGAUUCAGCAUCGCUUGCAACAAUACAAACCGGAUUUCCUUCGUUUGCUUGACGAUCUCCCAAAGAACGCUCAAGAUCGCACUGAACUUCAGUCUGGCAAGGCAACGAUCAACGGUACAGUGCACAAGGUCAAUGAGGAAUUCGUCAAGCAGAGCAUCUUUUUGUCCGAUCAGCUCGGUAUCAAUGAGAAUGUUGCAGCAGAGCUUAUCAUGAAGGGGAUGAUCGAAGCACCACGCGUCAACAGUACAUCGGUGGAUACAGCUAUCGUGGAAUAUUACAAUGAACGAGGAUACAUCUUGCAAUGUCUCGAGAUGAUGGUGACUUGCUGCAAGGACGCUUCAGCCAACAAGGAUGUUCAAUUUGUAUUCGCUCAGUUCAUUUCUGAUAUCAUGCAAGAUCGCACCUCUGGCAACAAAUCCUUUGUAUCAAAAGUGUUGACUACCAUCAAAGAUCUCAGCACAGCAAUCACCAAUCUUAAGAAUGCUGGAUCGAUUCAAUUACCACAGCAACAACAACAACAACAGCAACAACAACAGCAACCGCAGCUAGCACAGAAUACAGCCGAUACGGGUGGACGAUUGGGAGAAUACAUCAUGGCUUUACGGAUAGAGCGAUUGGAAGAAGAGCGUAUCACCUUGGCACAGAUUCUUUAUCAUCUCACAUCCAUGCACUGGAUCGAUCCACAAGAUGUUAUGGCAAUCGAAGAGAUCUUGGAGCAAGCACAAUUGACGGAUGUAGCUACUUCCUAUUUAUUGCUCUCGUUGUUGGGUGCACUUUCGAUCACGGAUCACUUGAAUUACAACAUGCAUGUGACACCACCUCUUUACAACAAUGCCGAUUUCAUGAGUCGAUUCCAGAACAAAAUGACUGGUUCUCUUUGGAAGGUCCCAGCAAUCAAAUCAGUUGUUGUUCUUCAAUGGGUGCUGUUUUUAUAUCGAGCAGUUCAAGAGGAUCAGAGUGUGGAAGGACGAUUACCAGCCAAGGAAGAACAAUUGGAAGAGCUUGUGGAAGGUGCUAUCAAUUCCAAGGCAUUCGAAUUCAUGAACGAUUACUUGCUCUAUUUCCAACAGCCCAAUGCUAGUAUUGAGACACAACGAGGCAUGCUCAAGGCAUCCGUUUACGAGGACACGAAUAUGAUUCUUGAUGGUCUUAUGGUGGAUCCAAGUGAUUAUACCAAGUUCAAUGCCAAGAUUCGAGGCGAGUUUCAGACAUUUGUUGUUCAUGAGAUUGAGCAAUUGGCUGUUGAUUUCAUUGAGAAUCUACAAGGCGUGUUACGCAAGUUGAAAUACAAGGAGGAGGAUACGAGCACACCAGCACAUGCACCAUUAUCAACGAGGAAUGCACUUGCCAGCACUGAAGAGGAUAGCAGCAAAUGUCAUGACUUGGAAUCCUUUAUGGAGUUAUUAGCCAGCAUUUAUCGUGGUCGAGUCAACAUGGGAUGGAAAUUCUGGACGCGAACCGAUAGUCGGUUGUUUGGAUUUAUCAAGUGGGCGACGGAUAUCAAGGUGUCAGGAACAGUACGCGCAUGUUACAGCUUUCUUGCAUCUAUUUCCACUGGCGAUGUGUGUGCUCCUCGUGCAUUCAAUCAUCUUGCGACAGGCACCAACACGAAUGAUCUUGCCAUGAGUAGCUUGUUUUCAUGGGGCAAACUCUUUGCUGCUAUCCAAUUUUACGUUCCUUUACUCCGCAACACAUCCAAAGACGCACCUGCUGCUUUCCCUGCUGAUGAAGAGGAGCUGCUCAAACAAUUUUUACACUUACUCAAGCAAGUGGUACAAUAUUCUAUGGAAGCUCGCAAGGCUCUUUGGUUCGACACUUUGCUACGUGCCCCUCAAUCGAUCUUUGAAAUGAUCAGCUGUGAUACCUCUGUCGAGUUACGUGCAGCCUUGUUUGAUGUUUUGGCAGCCUUUUGCUCUCCAUGGGGUGGUGGCGUGGAAGGUGUAGGAAGAAGCAUUUCCGAAUUGGUAUGGGAGGCUCUUGAUACCAAUGGCUUUCUUGUUUCCAAGCGUGAACCGGUUCAGGGACAACAAGAACUUGGUGAUCAACGACCAGCUAUGCAACGAUUGGAAGCACCCAAACCACCAGGCUUUUUACGUGAACUUGCUAUGGAACGCAACAACAAGGUGUAUCCCGAGACGCUUGCUUUGCUCAACUUGAUUGGAUCAGCUAUUCACACCGUAUCCAAGCGAGAGGAGCUUCUCAAUGGAUUCCAAUACAUGCCAUCUACUAUUCCAUGGGAUCUCGGCAAAGGCACUCGUACACCAGGCGCUGAACCUUUCAUUUCAUUGGUGAUUGACCACAUUUUUAUUGGAUUGGAAUCACAAGAGUAUAUCUACCCUGGCAGCAAAUGGCAAUUGAGUGAAGCAUGCUUGAAGAUUUUGGAGAACAGCAUUCGAUCAUUCAACUUGAGACCAUUGCGACAGGCGUUAUCUCAAUAUCGAAAUCUUCCAGCCAAUCAUCCACAAAGUCGUGCUGCAGCUCAAGGCUCUUUGGAACAUUUGUUGCUCAUGUAUCUUGGACACCCUGGUUUCACGGUUAUUGUUCGACUCCUAUCGGGUCAUCGUUUGGUGAACGAGAUGCUCAAGAUUGUGGAGGCAGGACCUGAUGGUAUCAUGGCCAAGAAGGAAACUUCACCCUAUUUUGUACAAUGCGUUAUCCGAUGUCUUCGAAUCAUCCAUCAAGUAUUGGAGUUACAAGAUACGUUCUGCAAUAUGCUUGUACCAAGUGUCACUGGAUUAUCGAGCAGGAUGGCUUCUUCAGAAUUCAAGAUUGGAGAUGUGGUAUUCCCUCCCAUGCCAUCAUUGGUAUCUUUUGGCCAAACCAUGUUGUAUCACGCCAAUGCACUUGUUCAACUUGGGUUGCUUGUCAAUUGCGAGGAUCAGGAGGAAAUUUGUUAUCUCAGCACUAAGAUUUUGAAUGCUCUUUCAACAGAGCCUCUUGACAGCAAUGUUGCACGAUCGGGUGGCAAUAUUCAUGCAGCAAUGGGUGGUAUCGGCACCAAGCUUACCAAGGUGUUACGUGGAUGCAAGGAUGAAACACGCAUUUUGUAUGGCAUCAGUGAGCGAUUGGGAAUUGAUGAUGAGGAAACCACCACGCCUGAGGAUUAUGAAUACGAUAUCAACAACAUUCCAUUUUGGUGUGCAUCCAAGACACUCGAUGAUAAGUUCUCUUUCGAUUCGGACUUUCAGCCAUCCAUGGCUUGCUCAGUACGCUUGGCACUUGUCGAUCUCUUACUCAAUAAUUCUAUGCUCGACAAACCAUCACCAUCCCUCGUUGAUUUCAUUUUCGGCUACAGCGAAUCAGCUUCUGAUAUCAAUAUCGCACUCCAACGUAUGAGAAACGAUGUCGAUUUACGCAUUUGCUUCCAAUCAUUCAUGAAUCUCAUCAACCGUGGCAUUAUUCGACACGACGAUAGCAGCGAUGUACGACCACCUCUUGUCGCCACACAUCCUGUAUUGGCAGAAAAAUGCUACAAGCUCAUUUAUCGAGUAUGCACCAAAGAAUCAACAUCUUCGUCGACGAUGCGAUAUUUACGAGGCAAUGAAGAUUUCUUUUAUCGACAUUUGGAAGCAAUGCCCGCUCGAUUGGAGAAUUAUCAUGACAUUGUUUCACCUGUUUUCCCUGGUGUAUUGGUUAGCUUGGAUGGUUCUCGUUCGCGGAUGGAUUUCUUCUCAGUUUGCUCGCAGCUACAUCAACGUGCCUGGUUGCUCAAAUCGGUUGCAUUGGAAUUACACAUUAUGGCUGGUUCGCAUCAGAAAUCCGAUAUCAAGCGAUUGCUCGAGUUGUUAUAUGGACGACAUGAUGAUACACAUGCCGAUGAGAUGGUCGAAGAUACAGAUAGAGAAAGCGUCAACAUUUUCGCCAUGGGCACACACCGUUUCCAGCAACCCCUCGUCAAGAUGCUUGAAGUGCUCAGCUCUUUGGAAUUUGAAUGGAUCGAUGAUUUGGCAGAUGGUUCGAAUGUGGGCGAGCUUGUUCACUUUAAGGGAUUUGACUACAAGCAAUACGAGAUCCAAAACGAACGCGAUUGUUCAGUCUUUGAUAUUCGUUCGAUUUAUCAAGUAUUACGCCAAGCUGAACGUCAAAAACAAGAUUCAGGGGAGCUUGCCAACGAUCAGCAGCGUCUGGAGCUGGAGAAUGAGAUGGGUCGUAUUCUCAAGGUACUCAUGGCGGAGAAUCACAAGCGAGAAAUUGCCCAGGGCAAGUUGCAUUGUCUUCGCGCUUGGAAGCAAGUUGUUCAAGUGACACUUUCAGAAUGUUUUGAUUUAUUCCCCUUCGAGACACGAGAAAAGAUCAUCUACGACUUGUUGUUGAAGUUAUUGGCCAAGAUCAAGGAGGCAUCUGGAACGGAGCCCGAUAUUCUCAAAGGCUUUAGCGAGGUGAUCUUGACAUUGUUGACACGUUUACGAGAGGACAAGCUGCGACAAGAGAUCUUGGAAGCAUCACCCAGCCCUUCAACCAAUGUCGAAUCUUCACGACUCCCAGAAGAGAAGCUGCGUGUUAUUUUCAGUGGUAUCAUUGAUUGCAUACGAGAGGACAAUACAUUGGUCAGAAUGCGUGGUGACAUGUAUACAGCUCUGGUCAACUUUUUACACUACGUCAGCCAUAACAGCAGCAAGGGCAGCAGCAUCCAAAGCCAAUUUGUCAACAUCAUUUCAGCCAACGAGAAGUUCUUAACGAUCUUAUGUGCUGAUGCAAGCGAUGGUGUGGAUGUAUGGAAGACGACAGCUUAUAUCCUACUCGAUGCAUUAUACGUCAUGUCGACCAAGGCCAGCAACGAAGCCAUUCUCGCAUUUUUGGUCAAGAAGAACUUUUUACGAUACAGCAUUGAUAUGAUCCGAAGAGACGAUGUUGCACUUUUGAAUCUUUUGGAGCAGAGUGAUGCUUCUAUGGUGCCAUUAUAUAUCUACGAAGCCAAGAUGUCAUUAUUCCUUCGAUUAUCGCUUUGCAAACAAGGAGCCAAGCUCUUGAUUGAGAAUCGUAUUGUUGAUGUGUUGAGCCAUUGUCAAUUCAUCGGUGCACGUCCUGAGGCAGCCCCUUAUAACAAUGAUCGCAUGCAGACCGAAGUUAAUUUCAACGAGCGAUAUGAUCGCCUCAUUAUGCCAGCGCUCAAGCUCAUCUCCGCUGUAUUAUGUACUUUGGGACGUUCCAAUGGUGUGGUAAUCGAUAAGGUUGAAAGUUGGUGCCGCAUGCAGCAAGAAGCCGUGCUUUUCAUUCUCAAGGACGAGCAUCAGCAAACCACGCUAUCUUCUUUGGCACAAUUGAAGCAUAUCACAUCCAUCCUAUAUCACUUGAGCAGUCGCCCUGGCUUUUUUGAUGAUUUGGUAAAUCGACGUAUGAGCCAUCUUCACACAGCUAUGGUGCAUCUCAUUGCAAAGUACCUGGUUCCUCAAAACUUAUCUGCCAAGGUUGUGCCGAGCACUGACGAGGAGAAGCAAUGGGCACAGAAAAAGGUCAACAAUGAUGCAUCCGUCUUGUCAACAAAGGCCGCAGAUACAAUCUUGUCGAUCCAAAUGAGCCUUGCAGCUUAUGCCCAAAAUGCAGCUUUCACAACUGAUGAUCAAUGCAACAACUCUUUCAAGCCUCUCUUUAGCAGCACACUUGCUUCGACCAGCGACAGCGGUGCAUCGGUUACUAGGAAUGCUUCUUUAAAAACGCCAUCUUUAUCCACCCUGACAUCUUGCAUUCGUCAAACCACAAGCAGCUUAUAUACGGCAGCAGCGGAGAGGAAACGAUUUGAGACACAAAAGAACAAUGUUGGCUCUAUCAAAUUGGAAGAAGUUCGGGAAUUGGCACAAACAGCUUUUCCUCAAACCUUGAGCAUCCAUUUUGAUCAUUUGGGACCUUCUCAACAACAACAGGUGCUGAUCGCUGAAUUGGACAAACGUAGCAAACUGAAAGCGAAGCAGAUGCGUCAUCUUGUCUUCUUAUUGGAAAAUGUUUUGCUGGUACUUUGGCGACAUUUAGAAUACUAUAUGCAAUCUACGGCGAUAUCACAAACGACAGCUGUACAACCCCUCGACUUGUAUUCCAGCCAAAGCUUUGCAGUAUCAAGUCAAACAGCCAUGUUUCAACCUUCUAUGGCUAUCGCCAGCAACCUGAAAACAUCAUCCACGACAACGCUCAUGCCUUUGUUGAAGAAACUUGAGACUUUAAAUAACGAUAUACCUGAAUUGCAAGCAUCGGCAAGCUCUGUCCAUGGACUUUGUACACGAAUUAACAAGAUCAUAGCUUAG